UUCAUGUAACACAUCUAAUGGAAUAUAAAUAAAUAGUUUCUUUGACAUCUGUGGUGCGACAACCAAUUCCAAAAAUUUAUAAAACUCGUAAAAGCGGAAUAAAUUUGUGUGGCAAUGAAUGAUUUUACAAAAAUUUGUCGAACUUGUUCAUUACAAGGUGAAUUAAUAUCACUUUUCGCUGAACAACCAUUUCGAAUUGCAGAUAUGUUAACUGAUAUUGUGAGCUUAAAGGUAAUAAAAAAUGACAAAUAUCCACAAAAUAUAUGCAAAGAAUGUUUCGACGUUUUAAAAUCCGCUUACGAGUUUAAAAAACGUUGCGAGGAUGUUCUAAAUAAAUUCGAUGAAUACAUUCAGAAUGAUUACAAACAAGAAGGAAUAUUUAUCGUUUCAGUUAAAGAAGAAAUUAACUUCGACGAUGAUGACAUAGAUAAUACAGACGAUAGAUUCGAUGAUGAUGACGACGAUAACGAUACUAAAAUCGAAUCACAACAGCCUUUGGGUGAUGUACAAAAUUUUGUCGAACAACAUUUAAAAGAAGAUGAAGAACCACUUGAAAUCAAACCAAAAAUCGAGGAUGGAAAUGUUAAAGAAACGAAAAACAAAACAAAAUUAAAUCAUACGUGUAAAUAUUGUUCGAAAUUAUUUAGUUCGAAAACAAUGUUGAUUCGGCAUACACGAACGCAUACUGGUGAACGCCCUUUUACCUGUAAAAUUUGUAAUAAAUCCUUCACAGUGCUGGGAUCUUUAACCACACAUCAAUUAAUUCAUACUGGUGAAAAACCACACACAUGUACCGUGUGUAACAAAAGUUUUGCUCGGAAAAACUCGCUAACCAAACAUGCUAUGAUCCACACAGAUAAAAAACCGUUUAAAUGUAAAACUUGUGAUCAAUCGUUUCGACAGCGAAAUCAUCUUCAGGCUCAUCUUACCCGACAUACAGGAGAGAAACCUUAUCGUUGUACAGUUUGUAACAAGCAGUUUUCGUUAAAUCAAACGCUUAAACAUCAUAUACGAACUCAUACCGGGGAAUUACCAUAUCAGUGUAAAUAUUGUGGGAAUAUGUAUAAUCAAUCAAAUUCGCUACGGAACCAUAUUAAAAUAAAACAUUUAAAUAUUAAACCAACGACGGUGAAAAAACCGAAUGUAACAUUUACAUGUCGAACGUGUACAAAAAAAUUUCCAAGCAAAUCCGAAUAUAAUAAACAUAAAUUAGAAGAACAUCCCGAGCAAAUACAAAUUUAUCUGUGUAAUUACUGUGGAAAAGAGUUUACGGAUUCGUUACGACUUAAAUCACAUUUGUUAGCUCAUUCUACGGAUCGAAAACAUAAAUGUACGAUGUGUGAUAAACAGUUUGUGAGGAAACAAUCAUUAAAGAUGCAUGAAGCGUUUCAUACUGGAGAACGGAGGUAUCAAUGUAAGCUGUGCGAACAACGUUUUAAACAAUCGAGUCAUUUACGAACACAUAUGCGGACACAUACAGCGGAAAAACCAUACAAAUGUCAGUAUUGUGAGAAAUCAUUUGCGGGUAAAGGUAAUUUAAUUGUACAUGAGCGUAUACAUACGGGGGAAACACCGUAUAUAUGUUCCAUUUGUAAUAAAGGAUUUUAUCAUUUGACUACAAUGAAAAAACAUAAACAAACAAUUUAG